AUGCCAAAAAUCGCUGUUGUUCAGGCUGGAACUGUGCUCUUCGAUAAGAAGGCGACUUUCGAAAAAGUCGAGAAAUAUGUGGAAGAAGCGGCGAAAAAUAAGGCGGAUCUUGUGCUUUUUCCAGGUAUUUUCUAUUUUUUGGGGGUAAAAUUUGAAAAUAUUUCAAAUUUUCAGAAGCGUUCAUUGGCGGCUAUCCAAAAUGGAAUGAUUUUGGAAUUGUGAUGGGUACACGAACUAUGGAAGGAAGGGAAGAAUUCAAGAGGUUUGUGCACAAUACAUGUAUUUUGAAAAUAUCACAAAAUUUUGACUCAGUACCAUGAAAACCUGGUUUUUUUCAAGUCAAAAUCCACGUAUUUUGUUGCUGAACAAAAAAUCUCGGUUCGCUGUUUAAAGGGACAUGCUUUAAUUUUCACCAAAAUCUCAAAAACGGCUGCAUCAAAUCAAAAUCUGAGUACACCAUCUUUAUCGCCGUGAAAAACUGCAUGGAAAUAAGCUUUGGUGGAGCGAACGGGUGCCGUUUUAGCGUUUCGGGGUUCGUGGCGAGACCAAUUUCGAAAAAUAGCGCGCAAAAUGGAGAGACGCGAGAGAUUUUUGUGCAUUUGUGCGUCACCGUGUUUGCACAAGUCAAUACAGUAUACCAACCGCGAACCGAGUGCCAAAAAAAUACGUGAGUCAAACAUUUCACGCUAUUUUAAAAAAGAAGAAGAGCGUCCGAAUCGAGAGAGAUGACACAGACGCGAAAACUCCCUUUAAGUACAGUAGUUUUAUGGUAUUUUUGUUUGUUCGUUUCGAGAAACGCGUGAAAAAGACACACGCGAAACAAUAGUUACAGUAGUAUUACCAAAAUAUUUUUGUUCGUGUCGAGAAAUGAGCGUCUUUUUCUCUGCGCCACUCUCUCGAUUUGGACGGCCAAAAAUAGCGUGAUUUUCGCAAAAAAAAAAUAAAAAUAAAUGCGCGUCAAAUAAAAUGUUUCUCGUAAAUCGACACCGCGGUCAUUUGAAAAACAUUUUUUUCCUCAUUUUUUGAUCAAAUUAACUUUUUAUCAUGGUUUUUCGCUGAAAACAUGUUGAUUCUAACUUACGAAAUCCCUUUUCCAGAUAUUUCGAAAAUGCAAUCGAAGAAUACGGCGAAGACAAUGAUUUCCUCACAAUUUUAUCAUGCAAAUACAAUAUUCAUCUAGUAAUUGGAGUUGUCGAAAAAGAAGGCGGCACAUUAUAUUGUUCAGUAUUCUUCUUCUCCCCAACUCACGGUUAUCUCGGAAAACAUCGCAAAUUAAUGCCAACCGCUUUGGAGCGAUGUGUUUGGGGACAAGGCGAUGGCUCAACAAUGAAAGUGCACAACACUCCGGUCGGCCGAAUUGGUGCCGGAAUAUGUUGGGAGAAUUAUAUGCCCCUGUUCCGUGUGCAUAUGUACAAUCAACAAAUUGAGAUCUAUUUGGCGCCAACGGUGGAUGAUCGAGAUGUUUGGCUGUCAACAAUGAGGACUAUCGCACUGGAGGGAAGAUGUUUUGUGGUGUCAGCUUGUCAAUUUUUGACGAGCUCCGAUUAUCCAGCGAAUCAUAAAUUGAGAUUAGAACAUGGCGAGCAGAAAAUUAUGAUUCGAGGGGGAUCUUGUGCUAUUGAUCCACUUGGAAAUGUUCUCAUCGAACCGGAUUUUAGUCAAGAAACUAUUCGAUUUACGGAUAUUGAUUUAGCGGAAAUUCCACUGGGGAAAAUGGAUUUGGAUGUUUGUGGACAUUAUAGUCGACCUGAUGUUUUUCAAUUAAUUGUUGAUGAACAACCGAAAUUGAAUGUGGUUAGAAAACAAUAA